CGAAGAUCAAGCCGGCUCACGAUACUAUUUAGAUGCAGACCCAUGGCCUCGCUGUGGUCUUUCAUCCUUUUGUCCCUCCAAGAUGUCCUCCUCACACUACGGCAUUCCCUACAUCCUCGAAGACACGACAGGGAACCUCAACGAGUCUGACUUCGUCGACAUCAACGGGCGCAUGCACCUCCGUGUCCAGUGCACAGCCAAGGACACCCAGCACACCUUUUACAUGAUCUACAACACCCAUCACAGCUCGACUCCUGGGAGUGCAGCAAUUCCAUUGCCCGUUGCUGGGCUGGAAUUUGGGCCGCAGCACGCGCUUGGGACGAUCAAUUUCGCUUCGCGGGGUAUGCCGAUGCGUAAGUACCUCGUCAGACCCGAGACCAAGGCCGCAUCACUUGGGAUCAGCAGCGGCGGACACCGCGUUCGACAAUUUCGCGCCUCGGACGGGCAGGUAUACCAGUGGGCUAGGAGGAUAAAGAUGAAUCAAGAAUGGACGUGCACAAACCUCAACGGUUAUAUCAUUGCCUCAUACAGCCUGAAGCCCCCAGGCGAGCCCACCUACCCGAACUCGUCCGGCUGUAUCCUCGAUAUCGCCGAACAAUUUGGCGGACUAGCCGUGGAAAUUCUCGCCUCGCUACUUAUCAUGCGACACAUCGUCGCGUACGAUCUGUCGUGAGCGGCUGAGCGGUGACCGCUGUCUCCUUGUCAAACUCCGUUUUGUUUCAUUCUCUGUCAUUCCGCCGCAAGGCGCUCAUGUUAUUUCCUGUGCUCUGUCAUCCAUACGUCCGCUAUACGAACAGUCUGUCAUCAUUGUAGAUACCUAGUGUUGAAUGUACAUCCUCACCUGUUACAGUGUGAAACGAGGUUUCACGCCGCCACAGAGCCAC